AAAUUGAUGAGCUCCUUGAGUAUGAAUGAGCAAGGUAAGUUUCCUUCUCAAGCUCAAUCCGUACCCCAUGGUCAACACAUGGCACAAGAGAAUUUGAAGGAUGCGAAUGCCAUUGUGACACGAAGUGGUAAGUCAUUACACAUCCCAACAACGAACAAAUCAGAGGAUGUGGAAGAGGAUCAAAGCAAUAGUGGUGCCGAGCUGCCCAAAGAAGCCGAGGUAAUAAAGAGCCCAGUUAAUGUACCAUUUCCUCAAGCUUUAAAACUGAAUAAGCGAACUUUGGAUCCUAACAAUGAAAUCUUGGAGAAUCUCAAGCAGGUAAAAAUUAACCUCCCUCUUUUGCAUGUUAUUAAACAAGUUCCUACUUACGCAAAAGUUCUUAAAGAUUUGUGUACAGUCAAGAGGAAGCACCAUGUUAAGAAGACAGCAUUUCUGACAAAGCAAGUUAGUGCUCUAAUUAAGCAGCGGAUUCCUCCCAAGUACAAGGAUCCUGGUUGCCCAACCAUUGCAUGCUGCAUUGGAAAUCAUGAGUUUGGGCAAGCUUUGCUAGAUUUAGGAGCUAGCGUCAAUCUAAUGCCAUAUUCUAUUUAUUUGCAUGAUUCUAAAAAUUCUCAGUCUGAUACCAUGGCUGACAAUCGUAGUGUUCAUGACGAUGAAGAGGCACAAAAUAAUCCGCAAAUGAGAACUUUGCGUGAAUAUUUACAGCCUACAAGGACAAGUGAAACAUUUUUUCAGUGUUGGGAACGUUUUAAAGAAUUGUUGCUAACUUGCCCACAUCAUGGCUAUGAAACUUGGCGCACCAUUAGUUUCUUCUAUGAAGGUUUAACAUCUCAAAUGCGUCAGUUUGUAGAAAUGAUGUGCAAUGGUGAUUUUCUAAAUAAAGAUCCUGAUGAUGCUUGGGACUAUUUUGACCAGUUAGCUGAAAAUGCCCAAUCUUGGGAUAACACAGAUCGUUCUGAUCGGUCAAAUAAGCCCAAGCUCAGUGCCAUGUCUCAAGAAGGUAUUUAUGUUCUUAAAGGAACUGAUGAUGUGAAUGCUAGGAUAGCAAGUCUGACAAGAAAAGUCGAAGCCAUGGAACUUAGGAAGGUAAAUCCGGUUAAGGCCAGUGAAAAAGAAGAAGAAAAUUGUGGCAUUUGUGAAAUUAGUGGACACCUAACUCAGGAUUGUCCAACAAUCCCUGCUUUUAAAGAGGUGUUGCAUGAACAAGCAAAUGUCAUGAAUUCCUAUCGGAGACCAUUUUCUUCCCCAUAUUCGGAAACAUACAAUCCUGGAUGGAGAAAUCAUCCCAAUUUUAGUUGGAGGAAUGAGUCCAAUAUAAAUCAAAAUCCUCAAGGGCCAUCUUCUUCUAGUCCUUAUGUGCCUCCACAUAAGAAAACCCUUGAGGAAACAUUACAUGCUUUUAUGCAGGGACAAGCAAAUAUCAACACUCAGACAAUGCAGGCCAUUACUGAGAUGAGAAGUUCUAUCAGCGACUUGACCUCUGCAUUACAUGCUCAAGAAAAGGGUAAGUUUCCUGCUCAACCUCAGCCAAAUCCAAAAGGUAAAUUCGAGGUAAGAAAUCCAAAUCCUUCUGAUUCAAAAUUUGAACAUGCAAAGUCCAUCACCACUCUACGCAGUGGAAAAAUAAUUGAUAAGAGUAUUUCAACAACGAAAGUUGAUGAGACCAACAACUCUUUAAAUUCCAAGAGUGAUGUAAAAAUCAACAUUCCUUUGUUGGAUGCAAUCAAACAGAUUCCUUCGUAUGCUAAAUUUUUGAAAGAUUUGUGCACAGUAAAGCGUACGAUGAAGGUGCAGAAGAAGGCUUUCCUCACUGAGCAGGACAAUUCUAAACCUUCUAGAGAAAUGCAGCGUAGACUGAACCCCAACAUGAAAGAAGUUGUCAGAGCAGAGGUGUUAAAACUUCUAGAUAUAGGGAUCAUUUACCCUAUUUCUGACAGCAAAUGGGUUAGUCCCACGCAGGUGGUACCCAAGAAAUCUGGUGUAAUUGUAGUUAAGAAUGCUAACAAUGAACUGAUCCCAACUAGAGUUACUACUGGUUGGCGUAUGUGCAUUGACUACAGAAAACUGAAUUCUGUCACCAGAAAGGAUCAUUUUCCCCUACCAUUCAUGGAUCAAAUCAUUGAACGUGUAGCGGGCCAUAAGUUCUAUUGCUUCCUAGAUGGUUAUUCUGGAUAUAACCAAAUUGAAAUUGCUCCUGAAGAUCAAGAAAAGACCACAUUUACAUGUCCAUUUGGUACCUUUGCAUAUCGAAGGAUGCCAUUCGGACUUUGUAAUGCUCCUGCUACAUUUCAACGAUGCAUGAUGAGCAUAUUCAGUGACAUGGUAGAGCGUUUCGUUGAAAUAUUCAUGGAUGAUUUUUCUAUUUUUGGUGAUUCAUUUGAUGAAUGUUUGACUCACUUGGAAAAAGUGCUGAUUAGAUGCAAAGAAAAGAAUUUGAUUUUAAACUGGGAGAAGUGUCAUUUUAUGGUCACUCAAGGGAUUGUUCUUGGGCACAUUGUUUCUUCUCAAGGUUUUGAAGUGGACAAAGCCAAAAUUGAAUUAAUUUCUAAAUUGCCCAUCCCAAAGAACAUCAGGGAUAUCAGAUCUUUUCUAGGUCAUGCAGGUUUUUACAGGAGGUUCAUUAAAGGCUUCAGCACAAUUUCUAGACCUUUGUGCAAUUUAUUGUCAAAGGAAAGUUCUUUUGUGUGGACUGAUGAUUGUGAGUUAGCUUUUACAAAGCUAAAAGGUAUGUUGAUUUCAGCCCCAAUUAUGCAAUCACCUGAUUGGAAUUUACCAUUUGAGAUUAUGUGUGAUGCUAGUGAUUAUGCUGUUGGAGCUGUGUUGGGCCAACGUAGGGACAAAAAGCCUUGUGUUAUUUAUUAUGCAAGUAGAACUUUAAACAGUGCUCAAAUGAAUUAUUCAACAACUGAAAAAGAGCUACUUGCAGUGAUUUUUGCACUUGACAAAUUUCGCUCUUAUUUGAUUGGAUCUCAAAUUGUCAUCUUUACUGAUCAUGCUGCGUUAAAGUACCUUUUAGCGAAAAAAGAUGCAAAGCCCAGGUUACUUAGAUGGAUCCUUUUGUUGCAAGAAUUUGAUUUGAUAAUCAAAGAUAAAAAAGGGGUUGAGAAUGUUGUUGCUGAUCAUCUGUCUAGACUUGUUCUUUCAGAUUCCAUAGAGACAGUUCCCAUUAAAGACACAUUUCCAGAUGAGCAACUCUUUGGUAUAUCUCAAGUGCCAUGGUACGCUGACAUUGCUAAUUUUCUUGCUACAGGUGAAAUUCCUCACAUUUGGACUCAACAAGAUAAGAGGAAAUUCUUUGUGGAGGUAAGAAAAUUCUUUUGGGAUGAUCCAUAUCUGUUUAAAUAUUGUCCAGAUCAGAUAAUUAGACGAUGUGUUCCGAAUAACGAAACAAGUGGUCAAGUUGAGGUAUCUAAUCGGGAGAUCAAAAAAAUUUUGGAAAAGACGGUUAACCCAAGCCGCAAAGAUUGGUCUUUACGACUAACUGACACACUUUGGGCGUACCGUACUGCUUUUAAAACCUCGAUUGGUAUGUCCCCAUAUCGACUCAUUUUUGGAAAGGCAUGUCACUUACCUGUGGAGUUGGAACACAAAGCUUAUUGGGCAAUCAAGAAAUUUAAUUUUGAUUUGGAUAAGGCUUGUUCUCUUCGUAAGUUUCAGCUUAAUGAGUUAGAGGAAAUAAGGAAUGAAGCUUACGAAAAUUCUCGUAUUGCCAAGGAGAGAAUGAAAAUUUUUCAUGACAAAAAUAUUUUCCGAAAAUCUUUUGAGGCUUCACAAAAAGUUUUGUUGUAUAAUUCAAGGCUCCAUUUGUUUCCUGGCAAACUUCGAUCCCGAUGGAUUGGUCCCUUUGUUGUAAAAACUGUUUAUCCUUUUGGGGCCAUUGAGAUAGAAAAUCCAGAGAAUGGUAAUGUU